ACCGACACAAGAAUCCCGCAGGAAACAACCUCAGAGCAUAAGCAGGAGCAGACGCAACUAAUUCGGCCUCUUCUUUAUAGUUAAAUACCUACUUGUUGAUCAUCGCAUUUGGGGAUCAUCUUCGAGAUGGCAUCAGUAGAAAAGCGUGUCGUAGUCAUUACAGGAGGAUCACGCGGUCUUGGGCUGGAAUUCAUUCGCCAACUGAGUCAAAGUCCAGACAUCCUCAUUAUAACGGUUGUCCGCAAUCCAAACAAGUCAGACGGCUUGAAGCAGUACCUCGGCGAUAAGGUAGUCGCCAUUCAGGGCGAUAUGGCCGAAGUGGAUUCAUUUCCGUCAAUUGCCGAGAAAAUCUCCCUACUUGGAGGUGGAAAAGUUGAUGUACUCAUAAACAAUGCUGGGAUAAUGAUUGGUGAGGGUGCAUCUCCAUCGGAGGGCAUUUCCAAAUCCACCGUGGGUGAAUGGGAGCAGCAGUUCAAAGUGAAUGUUAUUGGCCCUGUCUUCUUCACGAAUGCUAUCAUCCCGCUCCUUGAGAAGGGCCAAGAGAAAAAGGUGGUGAAUAUCGCGUCUAUGCUUGGAGACCUCCAGUACACCGAAAAAAACCCCAAUUUACAUUUUGCGUCAUACUCCGCAACGAAAGCGGCAGUGACGAUGGUAAAUGCAAAAUUCGACAUAGAGUUCAAAGAGAAAGGGUUCAUUUUCCUGGCGUUGAAUCCGGGAUGGGUAAAGACAGACUUGGCUGGAGCUCAUAUGGCUGCAUAUGCACCCCUUGAAUCCGAAGAGUCGAUAUCUCAGUGUCUCAGGUUCAUUAAUCGGAGCACGGUUGAACAUAGUGGUAAGUUCUGGUCUCUGGAUGGCAAUCCAGAAGCAGUCGUUAUGUAA